ACAGCGUGGAGAAGGAAGCGCUCCGACUCCUCGGCUCCACACAGGACGGGACGGAGCCAACACUCAGGAGGAGGGAUACCACUUUCAGUUUGACUUGGAAGAGUUUUCUCUACAUGGGGAUACGAAAUGACAUCCACGGCGAGCGAAAGGAGGGCGUUUGCUCAUAAAAUCAACCGGACGGUGGCCGCAGAGGUCAGAAAACAAGUGUCCAGAGAUUAUGGCUCUCCACAGCUGUCCAAAAAACGAGGAGGGGCACACCAGUCGGUGCCCCUGACGGAGGUGGUUGAGCCUGUGGACUUUGAGGAGUAUGUGAGCAGUCACGCUCCUGGGGCGGAGCCUGGCCCCCUCAGACAGCUUAUGGAGUUCCCCGAGGAUGACCUGGAGCUCCUCCCGCUGGAGAAAGAGUGCACUACACUAGAGCCCCCGCUGCCUGAGGAGGACACACUAGAUCCCAGAGUGAGAGAUGCUUUGGCAGUCUACACAGAUGACUGGCUCAUCAUUCAAAGAAAGCAUCAGCGCUACAGCACCAUGUACACCCCUCACAACUCUGAGCGUCAGAGGGAGCGGCAGCGAGGCCUAGUCAAACAGACCUUUGAACUGGACGAGGCUGCCGCUGCUGAGCGCCAGGAUGAUCAGGAUGACGCAAAGCGGCGAUCAGUCUCUCUUGAUGACACACCACGCGGCAGCUGGGCCUCAAGUAUCUUUGAUCUGAAGAACUCCUCCCCAGAUGCUCUCCUGCCGUCUGUGUUGGAGCGUACAGCUGCAGAGGAAAUGGACCGCCGCAACACCGAUGCCCGUCUGCAGGGGCGCCAUUCUGACCUGCUGGGUCUCUACCCUCCCCCUGACGAGGAUGAAGCAGUGGAGAGAUGCUCGCUCCCUGAAGUGCCUAAAGAACACUGUGGCCAGAGGAUCAUGGUCAAGUGUCUGUCACUUAAAUUUGAAAUAGAAAUUGAGCCAAUAUUCGGGACACUUGCUCUGUAUGAUGUCAAAGAAAAGAAAAAGAUUUCCGAGAAUUUCCACUUCGACCUGAACUCAGAUCAGAUGAAAGGGCUGCUAAAAUCCCACACACCUCACACAGCCAUUUCCACCAUGGCUCGUUCCGCCAUUUUCUCCAUCACAUACCCUUCUGCUGAUAUCUUCUUGGUCAUCAAGCUGGAGAAAGUCCUUCAGCAGGGAGACAUCGGGGAAUGCUGUGAACCCUACAUGGUCAUGAAAGAGUCAGAUUCCUCGAAGCACAAGGAGAAGCUGGAGAAGCUGCGUGUGCAGGCAGAGCAGUCAUGCAGUCGACUUGGUCGUUUCCGCAUGCCUUUUGCCUGGACGGCCAUUCACCUUCUCAACAUCGUCAGCAGUGUGGGAGGUCUGGAUCGCUCAGAUCCUGACUCUGAUUCUGAGCGAAAAGGCCAUGGAACGUGGAAUGAACGGAAGAAGAAAGGUUUUGAGCGGAUGAGUGUGGGGGAAGACAUGUGUAACUUUGCCUCUUUUCGUCCAGCCACUCUGACAGUCACCAACUUCUUCAAGCAGGAGGGGGACAGACUGAGUGAUGAGGACCUCUACAAGUUUCUGGCAGAUAUGCGCAGACCGUCCUCUGUUCUGCGGCGACUGAGGCCCGUCACAGCCCAGUUGAAGAUCGACAUCUCUCCAGCCCCGGACUCUCCUCAUUACUGUCUGUCACCGGAGCUGCUUCACGUGAAGCCCUAUCCUGACCUGCGUGUGCGUCCAACCAAAGAGGUGCUCGAGUUCCCUGCUCGCUACGUAUACACACCACACACCACGUACAGGAACCUGCUCUACAUUUACCCACAAAGUCUGAACUUCAGCAGUCGUCAGGGCUCUGUGAGGAACAUCGCUGUGAAGGUUCAGUUCAUGGCGGGAGAAGACCCCAGCCAGGCGAUGCCGGUCAUCUUCGGAAAGUCCAGCUGUGCCGAGUUUAUGAAAGAGGCGUACAGUCCUGUCAUCUACCACGACAAGUCUCCUGAGUUCUAUGAGGAGAUGAAGAUGAAGAUUCCUGCCAAUCUGACAGACAACCACCAUCUGCUGUUCACCUUCUACCACAUCAGCUGCCAGCCCAAGCAGAACACUCCCCUGGAGACCCCCGUGGGCUACACUUGGAUCCCUUUGAUGCAGCAUGGCCGACUGCGAACUGGUUCCUUCAGUUUACCUGUCUCGGUGGAAAAGCCGCCACCUAGCUACUCUGUCCUCACACCUGACGUUCAGCUCCCAGGUAUGAAGUGGGUGGAUAAUCACAAAGGAGUAUUCAAUGUGGAGGUGACAGCGGCCUCCUCAGUUCACACACAGGACCCCCAUCUGGAUAAGUUCUUCACUCUGGUGUACGUUCUGGAGGAAUACUCCUUUCCCUUCCGCCUGAAAGACGUCAUCAUUACUGAGGCGAACAUGGAAGGGGAGCUGAAGGCCAGCAUGGCGGCGCUGAGAGGGGCUCUGCUGGACACCUGCGUCAGGUUCCUCCACCAGCUGCUCAGCAAACUCAUUCUGCUCAUUGUUUACCCACCAGUCAUCGCAGGACAAAUCGUGAACCUGGGCCGGGCAGCCUUCGAAGCCAUGGCUCUGUUGGUCAACCAGAUCCACAAGAACCUGGAGGGGAACCAGGACCAGCAUGGUCGCAACAACCUGCUGGCCUCCUACAUCCAUUACUGCUUCCACCUACCCACCACAGAACCCGCCAUUCCCCCCUCAGCGGGUUCUACAUCCUAUGAGAUGCCUGUGCAGUUUGCCACCUUAUCGAGGGCAACGGCCCGCCCAAGCAGUCUGCACCUGUCUCGCUCUAAGAGUAUCAGCAACUCCAACCCUGACCUGGCCACCACGCCCGUUUCUCCUGACGAAGAGGUGGAAAGGAUCAUAGGGAGUAAGGGUAUAGACCGCUCCCACUCCUGGGUAAACUCUGCUUAUGCCCCUGGGGGCUCCAGAGCUGUGCUACGCAGGAACCCCAACUCCAGCUGUGACCUCAAGCAGGCAAGCGAGCGCAGCUGUAAUCGCAUGUCUGCCUUUCUGGACAGCAUCAGCUUCUGUUCAGUUCCCACAAGGCAGAUUGCCAAGAAGCUGCUCCACGAGGAGCUGGCGCUGCAGUGGGUGGUCAGUACCAGCACAGUGAGGGAGGCGGCACUGCAGCAGGCCUGGUUUUUCUUCCAGCUUAUGACAAAGAGCAUGGCCCACCACUUAUUCCUUUCCUCUAAACUGGACACUCCCAGGCGUCAGCGUUACCCGGACCGCUUUGUGGACGAUAUCGCUGCACUUGUGUGCGCUAUAAGUGCAGAUAUUGCAAGCCGAUACCACAAGGAUGUGGAGCUUGUGGAGAGGCUAAAUAGCAGUCUAGCCUUCUUCCUGAAUGAUCUGCUGUCUCUCAUGGACCGGGGUUUUGUGUUCAAUCUCAUCCGCUCCUACUACAAACAGAUUGCCAACAAGUUACACACGGCCCAGAACCCCAGCGCUCUGAAUGCUCUGAGGAUGGACUUCACCCGUAUCGUCUGCAGCCAUGAGCACUAUGUCACCCUCAACCUGCCCUGCUCCACCCUCAGCCCUCCAGCCUCCCCCUCCCCCUCCACCUCCUCCACCACCUCACAGAGUUCAGCAUUCUCCAGUAUGGUGCAAGACCAGGGUGUGGCCAGCAUGUUUGAGCUCUCCGUCCCUUUUCGCCAGCAGCAUUUCCUGUCUGGCCUGCUGCUCACUGAACUCGCUCUCAUUCUUGAGCCUGAUGGAGAAGGGGUGUUUUUCCUUCAUAAGAAGGCUAUCAGUGCUGUUCACUCCUUGCUGUGCAGCCAUGAUGCAGAUCCUCGCUACACCGACCCUCAGGUCCGAGCCCACAUCGCUCAACUCUACCUGCCUCUCAUCCCCAUCGUCAUGGAUAGCUUAAAUCAGCUGCACGACUUCACUGACUCCUCGCCUGCUCGGGUCCGCCAUGCCUCAGCCCACGCUGAUGAUGGUGACCCAGACAACAGCAACACCAUCAGUCAGUCUGUUGCCAUGGCAAUUGCUGGCUCCCCGUUGCCGCAUGCCAAAGCCAACCCUUUUGCCCUGCCUACAGUGGCCGGGCGCCAGUGCAGCUCGCUGUCGGCAGAGUGCAGCAGGACUCUGCUGGUGUGUUUCCUGUGGGUGCUGAAAAACGCAGACGCAGCUCUCCUGGAGCGCUGGGUGUCCGAUUUGUCUGUGCUGCAAAUCAACCGCCUGCUGGAUCUGCUGCAUCUCUGUGUGUCCUGCUUUGAAUACAAGGGGAAGAAGGCUCUAGAGAGGAUCAACAGCCUGACGUUUAAGAAGUCUCAGGACAUGAAAGCCCGUCUGGAGGAAGCCAUUCUGGGCACCAUCGGAGCUCGUCAGGAGAUGGUCCGCCGCUGCAGAGAGAGGAGUCCCUACGGCAGCCAAGAGAACGUCAGGUGGAGGAAGAACGUCACACACUGGAGACAAAACACAGACAGAGUCGAUAAGUCUAAGGCUGAGGUGGAGCAGGAGUCUGUGGUGGAUGGGAAUUUGGCAACUGAAGCCUCUCUGGUGGUGCUGGACACGCUGGAGAUCAUCGUCAAGACGGUCGUGGCGUCAGAGCUGAAGGAGAGUGUCCUGGGUGGGGUGCUUCGGGUGCUCCUCCACAGCAUGGCAGGCAACCAGAGCGCCCUCUUCCUGCAGCACUGCUUCAGUACACAGAGAGCUUUGGUCUUCAAGUUCCCAGAGAUGCUUUUCGAAGAGGACACAGAGCUGUGUGCAGACCUGUGCUUGCGUCUCCUGCGGCACUGCAGCAGUAGUGUUGGCUCCGUCAGAAGCCACGCCUCCGCCUCCCUCUACCUGCUCAUGAGGCAAAACUUUGAGAUCGGCAACAACUUUGCUCGGGUAAAGAUGCAGGUGACCAUGUCUCUGUCCUCCCUGGUGGGAACGUCUCAGAACUUCAAUGAGGAGCAUAUCCGCCGCUCCCUCAAGACGAUCCUCACGUACGCUGAAGAGGACCUGGAGCUGAGAGACACACCCUUCCCUGAGCAGGUCCAGGAUCUUGUGUUCAACCUGCACAUGAUUCUAACUGACACUGUCAAGAUGAAGGAGCAUCAGCAGGAUCCAGAGAUGCUCAUUGACCUCAUGUACAGGAUUGCUAAGGGCUACCAGAACUCUCCAGACCUGCGUCUGACGUGGCUCCAGAAUAUGGCAGGGAAGCACUCGGAGAGAGGGAACCACGCUGAGGCGGCCCACUGCCUGGUCCACAGCGCCGCCCUGGUGGCAGAAUACCUUAACAUGCUGGAGGACUGCCGCUACCUCCCUAUCGGCUGCGUCACCUUCCAGAAUGUUUCGUCCAACGUGUUGGAGGAGUCAGCAGUGUCCGAUGACAUCUUGUCCCCCGAAGAGGAAGGUAUUUGUGCAGGGAAGUACUUCAGCGAGUCCGGCCUGGUGGGCCUCUUGGAGCAAGCAGCUGCCUCUUUUAACAUGGCUGCCAUGUACGAGGCCAUAAAUGAAGUGUACAAGAUCCUGCUGCCCAUCCAUGAGGCCAACAGAGACUUUAAAAAGCUGGCCACCGUCCACGGCAAGCUGCAGGACGCCUUCAACAAAGUCUACAACCAGAGCUCAGGAUGGGAGAGAAUGUUUGGCACCUACUUUCGGGUUGGUUUCUAUGGCUGUCGGUUUGGAGACCUCGAUGAGCAGGAGUUUGUCUACAAGGAGCCAUCAAUCACCAAGCUGGCUGAGAUCUCCCACAGACUGGAGGAGUUCUAUUCGGAGAGGUUUGGGGAUGAUGUAGUCGAAAUUAUCAAGGACUCCAACCCUGUGGAUAAGAACAAACUGGAUCCCAACAAGGCCUACCUCCAGAUCACCUACGUCGAGCCUUUCUUUGACACCUAUGAGCUCAAGGAAAGAAUCACCUACUUUGACAAGAACUACAACCUGCGCACCUUCAUGUACUGUACCCCCUUCACUCUGGAUGGCCGUGCCCACGGAGACCUACACGAGCAGUACAAACGCAAAACCAUCCUGACAACCUCUCACGCCUUCCCUUACAUCAAGACACGCAUCAACGUUAUCCACAAGGAGGAGAUCAUUUUAGUCCCGAUGGAGGUGGCCAUCGAGGACAUGCAGAAGAAGACUCAGGAGCUCGCCUUUGCCACCAACCAAGAUCCAGCAGACUCUAAGAUGCUGCAGAUGGUGCUGCAGGGCUGUGUUGGCACCACCGUCAACCAGGGCCCCCUUGAGGUUGCGCAGGUUUUCCUCUCCGACAUUCCCGAUGACCCAAAACUGUUUCGCCAUCACAACAAACUGCGCCUCUGCUUUAAAGACUUCACCAAGAGGUGUGAGGAUGCCCUGAGGAAGAAUAAAGCCAUGAUUGGGCCAGAUCAGAAGGAAUACCACAGAGAGCUGGAGAGGAACUACAAUAAACUGAAAGAAGCUCUGAGUCCCCUCAUCAACCGCAAGAUCCCCCAGCUCUACAGAACUCUGCCAGCUCAGACUACGCAAACACAACGGAACUCCUACAGCAGGUCCAGCCUUCGCAGAGUCGACUGUUGAAGCUCAGAGGAGGAGUGGAUGAAAACAGAAACUACAAGCUUUACAAAUUAGCCACAUCUUAUCCCGUCUGCUCCCCCUCCCCCCUUCUGCACACCAACUGUCACAAGCACACACGCACCAUCCUCCGCCUUGUCAAGCUCAUUAUUUCACCCACCUCCCCGACCACCCAGUCACGCCAUACUCCCCCCACACUCACACACACACACACACACUUAUUGCUGCUGCUUUCCCUCCUGCACCACCUUCCUCCAUCAUCCCUCCCUCCUCCCUCUCACACCUCUAUAGGAGAAAACCUCUGCUGUUUAUACUGGGAGUUUAUCUGCAGUGUAAACACCAUCAUUUGGAGCAAGGUUCUGUCUCCUCUGUGUUUAAAGCCGAGCUCUCAAGAGUCGUCUCUCCACUGACACCCCAAAGGGAUCCCUCUGAACUUGAAAAACUUCAGAAUUUAGGUUUUAGAGCAUCCAGAUGCUGAUGUGCUUCUGCGAUUGUGUGUUUGGCUUGUAUGCACUGUUUGGGUUUGUGUAAGAGUGUGUCUGCUUGACUGAGUAGGAUCAAGCUUCCUCUCCAUUUCCUUGUGUAUUUGUAAUGUUUGCUGUUAAAGGGGUUAAGUUGCAGUGCAAAGAAAGUGCAGGCCUGUCUGUCUAGUUUCACUGCCUUAUUGAAUUUAUGUGUAAUUCUUUUUUCAGUCACAGCCAGACAUAGUCCCAGGCAGCUUUUCUGUUAUCAACAUACCAAAUAACUGACAUUCCUCGUUCGUCAAGCUCUCACAUUCAUCCGCCCCUCUCUCAUUAUAAGAAUUCAUUAUAGAGAAGAGUUGGGGAUCAUGUUUUCUAAUUUAAGGCUUCAGUCUCCUGUCUGAAUAUAGGAGCGACAUUCUGUAGCAGUACAAAAAAGGGGGAAAGGAUUAGCAUGGGAAAAAGGCAGAAGGCGAUGUUUAAAUGUUAAAAGCUGUGAAAUUAUGUUGUAACGCACUGCAGUCACAUCAGAUGUUCACCACAGAAGCGCUGCCCCGACAGUCUGUCAGCCACACAAACAUGUCUGAACUGUGACUCCUAGCAGGCAGCCGAGUCUGACACUGACUAGAUCUUACAAUUCCUGCCUUUUUCAUGUAAAAAAAAAAAAAAAAAUGUCCUGCUAUGAUUGUAUAUGAACUGGUGUCAAAAGCACUCCACAUGUUGUAUGUCUCUGCCUUUAUUGUGGAAGAUUGAUAGUCAAUGUAGCCAUUUUCUAACCACUGUAGCGCAACUACUGUAUCUAUUAUAUUGCACUAUUGUAAACAAACUGCAGCACAUGAUACUGUAACUACUAAAAUGUCUCAGCUUUUGUAAUUUUACCAAUCUGUCUUGAAUGUGUUUUUUUUUUUUUUUUUUUACCUGUUGGUAUAAACUUUUAUUUAUUCACUUUAUCUUUUUUUUUACUGCUUUCUAUUAAACUUGUCUUCCUUCUUU